AUGGCUGUUGAAGAUCUCGGAGUGGGGUACGUCGUCGCGGCCAUGCUGCUGCUGAAAGCAGCCUCUUCGCCCCUGACGCUCUGCAGUCUACGCCUGAAGAAACUCACGGUGCUGAAAGAGCUGGACAAAGAGCUGAGCUCUGUGCUUAUCGCUGUGAAGAUUCAGGGUUCAAAGCGAGUCCUGAGAUCAAAUGAAUACAUCCUCCCGCCUGGCGGCCUGAUGGAAACCGAGCUGGAGCUGACCUUCUCACUGCAGUACCCACACUUCCUCAAGAGAGAUGGCAACAAACUGCAGAUCAUGCUGCAGCGGAGGAAGAGAUACAAGAACCGCACGAUCCUGGGCUACAAGACCCUUGCAGUUGGCAUCAUUAACAUGGCCGAGGUGAUGCAGCACCCGACGGAUGGCGGGCAGCUUCUGGGCCUCCACAGCAACAUGAAGGAUGUGAGCAUCCGAGUGGCUGAAAUCAGCAUCUACUCUUUGUCCAGUCAGCCCAUUGACCACGAGGACGGGAACAUCCCCUCAGGUCCUAAAAUCAAAGCUUCAGAUCGCUCCCCAGACAUUGAUAACUACUCCGAAGAAGAGGAUGACAGCUUCUCCUCAGAGCAGGAAGCCAGCGAUGAUGCUGUGCAGGGUCAGGAUCUGUUUGAUGAAGAGGAUGACUUGAGGAAAACCAAGAAGGCUAGGAGGAAAAUGAUCCGAACCACAUCAAUGACCAGACAACCGAACUUUAAGCAGAAAUUUGUGGCUUUGCUGAAGAGGUUUAAAGUGACAGAGGAGGUCCUGGACUCUGACCCUGUAGACCAGACCCAGGAGGUGGAGGAAGACCUGGGCUUGCUCUAUGACAGCCUGGAAGAGUGCAACAACAGUGACAGUGGCCCGGAGAUUGAGGACAAUGAGAGUGUGCACAGUACACCCAAGCCCACCCUGAGGCGUUUCUUUGAGGGAGUCUCUCAUUCUGGUUCCCAGACUGAGAUCGGCAGUCUGCACAGCCAGAAAGGGCAGGAUCAAGAGUCGGGCAGCCCUGGCGAGGCGGACAAGCGGAAGCCGGGAGUGCUGCGACCGCAGGAAGAGCCAGGAGUGGAGGUCCCUGCAGUGGUGAGUCCAGGCGAUGGGGCCUGUCCUGGACGGGGGCACCCGUGGGCGUGGGAGCAGGGCAGGGAGAGGGAGGGCAGUGUGGACAGGCUGGUCCAGCUGGGCCCCGGGACCAAAGCCGAGCUCCCCGGUGCUGUGUCCCCCAGCAAGGCAGAGAGCAAGCAGCUGUGGCGUCCCCGCAGCACCUCUGUGAAGGACCGGCAGAGCUCCAAGGGACAGGGUGGCUGUGCCAGCAGCCUGGACAGCGAGAGCUCUCCAGACUCAUGGCACAGCACCCAGGUGCCCCGAAAGUCUGUUUACGAUCAGCUGAACCAGAUCCUGGUCUCAGACGAGCAGCUCCCCGAGAGCAUUGUGCUGGUGAACGUCGCGGAGUGGCAGGGGCAGUACGUGAGCGAGCAGCUCCAGGCGCACAAGCAGUUGGUCGUAUCCACCUGCUCCGUGGCGGACAUCCAGGCAGCCUUCAACACCACGGUCUCCCGCAUCCAGCGAUACUGCAACUGUAACUCCCACAUGCCUCCCCCGGUGAAGGUGGUGGUGGCAGGGGACCAGAGCUACCUGAGCGUUGUCCUCCGUUUCUUCGUGGAGCAGCUGGCCAGCAAGACACCCGACUGGCUCAACUACCUUCGCUUCCUGCUCGUGCCACUGGGCUCUCACCCUCUGGCCAAGUACCUGGCCUCGGUGGAUAACAAAUACAGCACUCUCUUCCUGGACACGGCAUGCCCUCCACCGCCCUCCCCGUCCGUCAGCAGUGGCCUCUCGGGCGCUGGGUCGCUGAGCCCCGGGGUGGAGGUGAUGGGCCUGCAGGUGGACUACUGGACAACGCAAGGGCCGGACAGGAAGAAGGAGGGGGAGAAGCGGGAGAUGGGUAUCAAGAACACACUCAAGAGCAACUUCCGCUCGCUCCAGGUCAGCCGCAUCCCCGGCACAGGGGAGCUGGUGCCCCCCAGCACCAUGGCCAUGACCGUGGUCACCAAGGAGAAAAACAAGAAAGUGAUGUUUCUGAGCAAGAAACCCAAAGAGAAGGACCUGGAGCCCAAAAGCCAAGUCAUCGAAGGGAUCACACGCCUCAUCUGCACAGCCAAGCACCAGAACACCAUGCUGCGAGGUGGGGGGGCACAAGCCCCCGAUGUGAAGUUUUUCCAGCUGGCAGCACAGUGGCCAACGCACGUCAAGUACCUCCCCGUGGGCAUCUUUGGCUACUCGAAGAGUGUGUGAGAUGCUGGGGCAGCCCGGGGACGGAGCUGCGGGGGGGGGCAGGAG